AAUCAAUAUUUCAAACAGGUUCAAUCAGACGGUUCAACAAAGACCAGACUACCUGACCUGACUGACCCUGCCGGUACCCAUCUCCCCAACAUCGGUUACACAUCCAACCUCCAUCACCGGCGCACCUCCUAAUCUCCGAUCACCGGACAUUAACAAUUCCAAAAUUCGAUCAUCUUAUACACACAUUACGACUUCAAAGGCAGAAAAAAUGGCGGCAGAUGACGUUUCAGUGGAUGAUAAGGUAAAGAGAACGCGAGAUCUGCUUUCGAGUUUCUAUUCACAGGAUGCUUCUCAGAUUCAUUCUGCUCCCGCCAAUUCUACAUCACGAUUCGCCACUCUCGAUACCAUCAACACGACGUCGUUCGAUGCCGAUCAGUACAUGAAUCUUCUCGUACAUAAGUCAAAUCUGGAGGGCCUCCUUCAGAGACAUGUUGAAAUGGCUGCUGAGAUCAAGAAUCUCGAUACUGACUUGCAAAUGUUAGUAUAUGAAAAUUAUAACAAGUUCAUCAGUGCUACAGAUACCAUUAAAAGAAUGAAGAAUAAUAUUGUUGGCAUGGAAGUUAAUAUGGAGCAACUUCUUGAUAAGAUAAUGUCAGUACAGUCAAAAAGCGAUGGGGUUAAUACUUUGCUCUUUGAAAAGAGAGAGCAUAUAGAGAAAUUACAUCGCACUCGUAAUCUAUUGCGUAAAGUUCAGUUUAUUUAUGAUCUUCCUACUACACUCCAAAAAUGUAUAAAAUCUGAGGCAUAUAGUGAUGCAGUGAGGUUCUACACUGGAGCAAUGCCGAUAUUUAAGGCAUAUGGGGACUCCUCAUUCAAGGACUGUAAGAAAGCAUCUGAAGAAGUAAUGUCAGUUAUUAUUAACAAACUCGAGGACAAGGUUUCUUCCGACUCUGAAUCAAUACAAGCAAGAGCAGAGGCUGUAAUGCUUCUUAAGCAGCUAGAUUUUCCGGUUGAAAAAUUGGAAUCAAAGCUGCUUGAAAAGUUAGAACAGUUCCUUGAGGAACUUGAUCUCUCUAAAGAUACAAGCGUAGAUUCCGCAAAUCCUCAUGAAUCAGUUAAUGAAGGAAUAGAAUCUGAUUCCAUUCCUCCUCGUCCUGAGGUUCCCACUCGUGAAUUUGUGGAAGCUGUUCAUGCAUAUCAUGUAAUUUUUCCUGAUUCAGAGCAGCAUUUGGUCAAACUUAUGCAUGAUUUGACCACAAGGCACUUUGAAGCUGCCAAACAACAAAUACAAGAACAGAUCUCUUCAGCAAAGCUUUCCAAUCGACUUCGGUUCAUCUGGACUGAUGUCUUAUUGAUUGAUGAAGUCUUACCAGAGGCUGGUCUACAAGAUUUUGCCUUUGAGGCUGCUCGUGACGUUCUGAAGCAAUAUGUCACUAGUUUAUUUUCAUAUCUUCUUCAUGAAAUAUCUGACGCUCUUCUGCAAAUUCAAAAGGAUAACAUAGGAGAGGAGUACCCUCUGCGGGCUGCCCUUGAAGCCAGUAAAAAUGUUUUGAUUCAAGGCAGUACAAAAAUUUUAUCGGAUAUCCGUUAUCUUCUUGAUGAAGACUUGGGAUUGAUAUUGAAGUUAAGAGGCAUGAUUAUUGGUUGGGUACAAGAAGGGUUUCAAACCUUCUUUAAACAACUUAAUGGUCAACUACUCUUGCUGUCUGGUAAAAAUGUUCCAACUGAUAAGGCUCCUUCUGGGCUUGUACUUGUAAUAUCACAACUAUCUAUGUUCAUUGAACGAGAUGCCAUUUCAAGAAUUAUCGAGGAAAUUGGCUCUUCAUUGUUGGGUGGUAGUUAUGACUAUGGCGGUUCUGCUUUUGUUCCUGCUGAAAUCCGUCACACCUUUAGAUCAGCUGGGGAAAAAUUCUUGCAGCGUUAUAUUAGUAUGAGAACCCAACGAAUUUCGGUUCUUUUGAGGAAGAGGCUCACAACACCAAAUUGGAUCAAGCAUAAAGAACCGAGAGAAGUUCAUAUGUUCGUUGAUUUGUUUCUGCAAGAGUUGGGAGCAGUAGGAAGUGAAGUGAAACAAAUAUUACCUCAAGGGCUUACUCGAAGACAUUCUCGCACCGAGAGCAAUGGAAGUACUAGCUCUUCACGCAGCAAUCCAUUAAGAGAUAAUCGUUCCAACACCAACAGGGCCCGCAGUCAGCUUCUAGAAACCCAUCUAGCAAAACUGUUUAAACAAAAAAUGGAAAUCUUCACAAAAGUUGAACAUACACAGGAAUCUGUUGUGAUGACUAUCGUGAAACGUUGCCUGAAAAGUUUGCAAGAAUUUGUUAGGUUGCAUACUUUUAAUCGGAGUGGAUUCCAACAAAUUCAGUUGGAUAUGCAGUACCUGAGAAUCACCCUUAAGGACAAUGCUGAAGAUGAAGCUGCUGUUGAAUUUCUGCUUGAUGAGGUGAUAGUUGCUGCUGCUGAACGUUGUGUUGAUCCUAGUCCUCUAGAACCGGCAAUCCUAGACAGAAUUGUACAAGCGAAAUUGGCUAAGACCAUGGACCAAGAACCAGCCACUUCUUAGCUUUUACAAGGUUGAACCACUAUCCCUUUAACAAUCACAUAAAGGGGUCAAGUUAUCUCACAUCAUAGAUCAAAGUAUCGGUAUGCACCGAAAGCUUGUUGGAAGUGCAUGAUUGAGCUAUAUGAAUAUUUGUUGUAUUAUUGUGCUCCGUAUGGAUGGUUUCUUAAUUUGCUUUAAUACAAGUGUGGUUUAGCGACUCAACGAAGAAAGGACCCCAGAGAGAAAUAUGUGAAUUUUAAUUUUGACUUUAAAGGAAAAAAAACGAGUCAUUGGAUGGCAUGUUUAUGCGGUAAAGCAUUUUAUUAAGAUUGUUUUUUUUU